AUGGGUCUGCUUCAUCAUGAACACUUGAAUUCAUCCCAUGGAUUUUUUUCGGUUGUCCAAUCCACAGCCGAAUUACCCGACCGGGAGCUCGACAAAGAGUCUUCUUUUCCUUCUUCAGGCCAGAUAUCAACCAUCGAUGACCACAACAGACGAAAUGGUUGUGAUAUGUCGGAUGCCGCCUUGAGAUACAUUGACCAGAUUCUCAUGGAAGAGGACACCGACGAUGGGGCCCACACUCUCCAAGAGUCGUCGGAUUUUCAGGCGACCGAGAGAUCCUUCUACGAGGUGCUCGGACAAAAAUACCCCCUUUCUCCGCAGCAAGAACCGUCCCACGAAAGCCGAUUCAAAACUCCCACGGCUCCGUUUGACGGUCUCAUUGUCCCGUCCGACUCCUCCAUUAGCCAGUCGAGUGGCUUGUAUCGCAUGGUAAAGCAUAAAAGAUCUUUUGGUGGAAGUGAAGUGGUUUGGGAUUUUAAAGAAGGGGUUGUGCGCGGGGCUAAUUCCGUCCCAAGGGAAGGUAAAACAUUGCACAUUAUCCAAGUCACGAUUCAAAAUCCUCCGGAAUGUGGAAAUACAGUGGUAAAACCGGGCGAAGAUGGAGCAAGAACCACCGAGAAUCCCCAAGUUUUUACGGAGUCCGACAUCCCCAUAGAAGAAUUCGACAAGCUCUUGCUCUCCACGCUCGAUGAUGACCGUGACUCGAAAGACGUGCAAAACCCGGUGAGUAAGGCCCGACUCGGUAAGUCUCACAAGGUUAAAAAAGAGGUGAUCGAUUGGUCGACCCUCUUGAUGAAAUGCGCCCAAAUGGUGGCGUCGGGCGACCGUCAAGCCGCGGCUGCUCUCCUAACUGAAAUCAGAGGGAACUCGUCCCCUAACGGCGACUGGGCCGAGAGGCUGGCCCACUACUUUGCCGACGGGCUUGAGGCCCGCCUGGCAGGGACUGGCGGCCAGGUGUACAAAUCACUAAUGAUCUCCCCCCCCACGUGCCUCAAGACUUACUACACGUCGAUCGCGUCUUUCCCGUUUCUGAAAGUCACCACCCUCGUCUUGAACAAGCUCCUCACGGCCCGGUUGGCUGGCUCGGCCCGUGUCCACGUCAUCGACUUCGGAAUCCUCUACGGCUUCCACUGGCCGAUCUUCAUCCGGUGCUUGGCCCUUCGGCCCGGCGGGCCCCCGAGGCUCCGCAUCACCGGCGUCGAAUUACCCAGGCUGGGCCCCGGGCCCACCAAGAUGAUGGAGGAGACGGGGGAGCGGCUGGCCCGCUACGCACGGGCCUUCGGCGUCCCGUUCGAGUUCUCCGGCAUCGUCGCUUGGGAGUGGGAGUCGGUCAGCACGGCCGACUUCCAGUUGGAGCCCGACGAAGAAUUCUUGGCCGUGACGUGUUCGCACCGCGCGAAGAACCUACCGGACGAGUCGAAAACGGCGGUUCUCAAGCUGAUACGGGGAAUCGGGCCGGACGUGUUCGUGCACGGCGUGGUGGACGCAGCGUACGGCGGCGGGAGUCCCCAGUUUCCCACGCGUUUUCGGGAGGCUUUCUUCAAAUUCUCGGCACUGUUUGACAUGUUGGAGACGACGAGCAUGCCCGGAGGAAAUAAGCCCGGGAGAAUGCUGUUCGAGGGGAUGUUUCGAAAGGAUAUAAUGAAUGUGGUGGGGUGCGAAGGGUCCGAUAGGGUCGAGAGGCCCGAAACUCGAAGGCAGUGGCACGUGCGACACGUUGAGGCGGGGUUGAGACAGGUGUCGUUCGGGAGGGAGCUGACGGGCUGGGUGAUGAGGAAGGUGAAGGGUUCGUACCACCGGGAUUUCGUGGUGGAGGAGGAGAACCAGUGGCUGUUGAUGAGUUGGAAAGGGCGGGUGCUAUUUUCCAUGUCCUGUUGGGAGCCUGCUGAGGUCAACAACCUUUUGAUCACAAAGUUCAUAGUAUAA